AUGCUUUUGUUUGAUUUGGAAGAAGUUGCAGGUAUCCUCAUAGCCCCUCCGUUAAUGGCUUUUGCAAGCUGUGAUGAAGCCUCCUAUACCUACCUUCUGAAUGAGUACUGCCUACAUCAAUUCCAACUGCAGAUGCAAGAUUUGGGAGUUCAGAUGUGGUGUGACUGGAAGGCAACCAUAGAGAUCUAUAUUGAUGUGACAAACUGUACCUAUCUCCUGGCCAAGCAUCAGCACUGUUUCUGGCCAAACCACGUAGUGGAUGACUUUUUCACAAAUAUUCAUAGAAACUAUUUCAAGAACUGUGCCCUGACUGGCAGGCUACCAGCUGACCCACCAUUUCCAGUCCUUUGCUCUUUCAUAUUUAUCCCCAUCCUAAUAACCCUCCUGAUGACAGCACUUGUAGUGUGGAGAAGCAAGCGCAGUGAAGGAAUUGUUUGACAGCAGUGACAGUGACAAACUCUUUCUAGAGAUUGUCUUCACUUCCAAGCUUUGGGAAGAAUGGAACUCUGUUAUUGUUAUUCUGCAUUCUGUUUGAAGCACAAGCCUCUAAAACGAAGCCUGUAAGAAGUUUCCAAGAUGGCUUCCAUUACAGCCCUUUGAGAUAUAUUUGACUGAAUGGCUCUUAAUUUAGAGUAAAGGACAUAUAGAUUGAAGCUGCAAGCAUAAGAACUCACCACCAGUUCAAUUUAGCGGUACCAAUUGUGAUAGAAGAUGACAAACCAACAGGGUUUUUGCAUUAAAACAGUAACUCUCAUGUGAA